GGUAUCAUCGAAAAAAAUACAAGUAAACAAAAGCGAAAUAAAAACAAAAAAUCGUUGAAAAUGAAAUAUUAAAAAUUGCAUAAUAAGAAGCUUAUCUUAAGUUAAAAAAAGAUAACCAAAGAAUUUGUUGGUACUGAACGGAAUUGUUUUGAGUUUGGUCUAAAAAUAAGAAAAAUGGAAUUUGUCCUGUUAACCACGUGAAUGGAAAUGUGAAAUGUGUCUCAAAUUGAAAUAAAAAUAUAUUUUUGAUGAGUAAAAUAAACAAAUUUGGGAAAUAGUUUUCAAGUGCAUUUAUGUUAUUUUGAUAAUUUGAAUAUCAAGUGUUUUCGUGAGAGUUCUGAACUACCUGCUUGCCUGUCUGCCUGCCACCCAACAUCGUUAGAAGCUGCAUUAUCAAGGCAACACAAGUGCAUUUUACAACUACCAGCCGUUGUGGACUACCCAGCCAACAGCCACUAUACGAGGCAAACAACCAGCCGGGCAAUUUAAGUCAACCUACCUGUUGUGAGGUGUUAAAGUGUUUUGUUUUUUUUUUUUUUUUUUGUUUCUAACGCACAGGCAGACAACGAAUGGUGACGGUGUGCAUCUUUUGUGAAGGUUAAUUGUUGGUACCACUGACCAUCCAUCGUUAAGGGAGAGAGAAUCGUUUGUCUGUCUGUCGGUGUAGCAUCUCUGUUGGGUGCUCAAAACAAAACAGAAAUCAUAAGAAAACAUUUCCAACCAGACUUAGUUUUGCCAGUUUCUAAGUAAAUGCAAAAUACCAUGAAUUAAACAUACCAAAGACGAAGCCUAAACCCAGUGGUUGUCGUUGUGUAUGUCAAUGCCAAACAACAACAACAACAAUAAAAGGGGCGACAUUAACAACAACAAAAAUAGCCACAUUGUCCAAAAAGCACUAAUUCUUAGUGGUAAACAACUUUAGUAAACCAAGUCCAUACAAGUUGCGAUACAAUUAUUGUUCUACCCUCUCUUCAUCUCACACUCAUUCACUCUUUCAUACUCAUCCCCCACCACAUGCUAUCAAAAUACAACACCUUAGAAAACCAAACAAAGCCUCUGCUCUUUUGGGAUAUAUGUGUGAGAGUAAAGAAGCAGCAGCAGCAGCAGCAGCACGUUUUAUAGGGAACACAAGAGUGAGUGUUUGUGUAUGUGUGUGUGUUUGAGAGAUAUCAUAAAAGAAAAGUAUAGCUCUGCAACAACAGACAACGUGACCAGUGACCGGUUUUAACGAUUAAUUUAAAGUUGUUUACAUACUACUCUCCUCUCCAGAUCUCUAACCGGCCGAUUUCGAGAUCACAGUGCUAAGCUAAACAGCUAAGUUUAAGGCAAUUCCCAAGAAAAACCCAGCCACAUGGCCUACAAUUAAAAAAAAACAAAACAAAGAAGAAGAAAAAACACCAACAAAAAAGUUCCCCAUAGCAGAAAAAAGGGAAUACCAAACAAACGAAGGAGGCCAAAUACUUUUGGCGCCCAUGAAAGUGCAAAAAGGAUGCUUUUCUCCCCCCUUUUUUUUGCGAUAUAAAAUGAAAAACUUGUGAACAAACAAAACAAAACAAAAAUCGAAUAUUAUUUUAGUCUUUGUUUAAAAGGGAAAAACAAAAAUAUUUCUAAGGGAUUUUAUUUUGCACACCUACUCCAACUCUAUACCACAAAAAUGUAUAGCUUACCGAAGUUAAUAACGGCGCUGUUCUCAACCUUCUACUGUGUGCUGUACUCGCACAGCUUUAAUCUGGAAAACCGCCUGCCCAUUGUUAAAUUCAAUGCGAAUCCCUCAUCAUAUUUUGGGUAUUCAGUAGCAACACACAUCGUUGGCGAAUAUAAUUGGCCAAAUAAUACAAAAUGGCUUCUUGUUGGCGCUCCUUUGGAUAAGAAUCUACAACCAGGCACCAAUAAAACGGGUGCUCUCUACAAAUGCCCUAUAACGCAAAAUUUCAACGACUGCGAACAGGUUAUAACGGAUGGUAGAAGAUCGCCUGAAGGAGUCUAUGAACCUACCUACGACAGCGAUGAUAUUGAAGAGCUUGCAGAACCCUCAGACGAUGAAAUAAAAGAGGAUCAAUGGUUGGGUGUCACUGUACGAAGUCAGGGCUUAGGCGGCAAGGUUUUAGUCUGCGCCCAUCGCUACAUAACCAAGGUACGCGAAAAUCGUUAUGGCCAAGGUCUCUGCUAUGUGUUAACCAACGAAUUAAGUUACGAUGAAGUUUAUGAGCCAUGUAAAGGCCGCACCGUCCAAAGAGCCCACGAAGAUUAUGGCUUUUGUCAGGUGGGCACCUCUGCUGCCUUGUUCGAUGACAACACCAUGGUGUUGGGCACCCCUGGCCCCUAUACAUGGCGUGGCACGGUUUUUGUCACCGAGAUUGGCGGUGAAUAUUUGGAGCGUGAUAAGAACAUGUAUUAUGGAGAUCAUUCGGAUAGCUCUUCACCAGUGGACAAAUACAGUUAUUUGGGCAUGGCUGUUACGGGGGGCAGAUACUUUGGAGAACGCAUGUCUUAUGCUGCCGGUGCUCCUCGCUCCAAUGGUCAUGGCCAGGUGGUUAUCUUUGACAAGGAUAAUCGCAAUCCCAUACCCGUGCACAUGAUCAUCGAGGGUGAACAGUUUGCCUCAAGUUUUGGUUAUGAGCUGACCACAGCCGAUAUAAAUGGUGACCAGAAACCAGAUCUCAUUGUAGCGGCCCCCUUCUAUUUCAACAAAACCGAGGGAGGAGCUGUGUACAUCUAUCAAAAUGUCAAUGAUAUGCUGCCCUAUAAGGCCACCCUGAAGUUGACGGGUACCUUUGAAAGUCGUUUUGGCUUGGCUCUGGCCAACAUUGGUGAUAUAAACAAGGAUCAUUGCGAUGAUUUGGCCAUAGGAGCCCCCUAUGAAGAUGACGGAGUGGUCUACAUUUAUCUAGGCAAUCGAGUAGGUUUAAAUUCGAAACCCUCCCAAAGAAUACAGGCCUCAGAUUUGGGGCUAAUGUCACGACCCAUAAGGACUUUUGGCAGCUCCAUAACGGGAGGAGCUGAUUUGGAUGGCAAUUCCUACACCGAUGUGGUGGUGGGAGCUUAUGCCUCUUCUGCCGUUGUAGCCCUGCUCUCUCGCCCCAUCAUAAGCAUACAAACCAAAUGGAGAAGUAAAGAGCUUAGGAAUAUUGAUCCCACCAAGAGCGGUUGUGUCGCUGAUGUCUUCACCAACAUGACAUGUUUCACCUUUGAGGCCUGUUGCUCCAUAGAUCCGUAUGAGGAGACUGCCGCCAAUCAGGAUUUGAAAUUGAUGUAUACCGUGGAGGCUGAAACUUUUGCAUCCAACAAGAAAUUCUCUCGUGUCUUUUUUGAUCGCGAAAAUAAACGCAGCAAUGUGGUGAAACGCGAGGUAACUGUGAGAACCGAUGGGCGCCUUGCGUGUAAUCAAGUUACCGGCUACAUUAAGGAGAAUACGCGUGACAUUCAAAGUCCCAUUAAAUUUAAACUGAACUACACGUUGGUGGAAACGAAAUUGCCCGACUCUGGCCUCAAAGGUUUAAAUCCCAUAUUGGAUCAAACGCAGGCGAAUAUUGAAUUUGAGGGUACCUUCCAGAAGGAUUGUGGAGAGGAUGAUGUCUGCGAUAGCAAUUUGAUACUGAGUGCGGAGCUGGACUUGAACUUGGAGAACGAAAACUAUGCCUUGGUCUUGGGAGAACAGGAAGAAAUUCGCAUUAAUGUCAAUGUAUCGAAUAGUGCAGAUUCUGCCUACGAAACUCAACUAUUUAUAGUACAUCAGAAGAGUGUAUCUUAUAUAGCAGCCAUUAAAACGAGCACUGCUAUAUGCAGUCGCUUUAAUGAAACUGUGGUUGCUUGCGGCCUGGGCAAUCCUAUGCGCCGCGGUACAUCUGCCCAAGUCUCAGUGCGAUUCGAUCCCAGCGGUCUGGAGUUGGAAGAGAGUAAAUUGACUUUCAAUAUAUUUGCCAAUACCACAUCGAAAUUAAUUGGAGCCAAAAAGCCACAAAAGAAAUUAGAUGUCAGAGUUAUAAAGAGGGCUGAAUUAAGUCUACAAGGUUGGGCUAGACCUGAACAGAGCUUCUAUAGCGGUGAAAUGAAAUUGGAGAGCACGAAGAUGCAAAUGGAAGAUGUGGGCUCACAAGUGCUGCAUACUUAUCAGAUCUACAACGAAGGCCCUUGGAAAGCACCCAAAGUACAAUUGACCAUCUACUGGCCGUACCAGGUAUACAGUGAAAAGGAUAAACGCGACAAAUGGCUAUUGUAUUUGGAGGAAAUCCCCAUUAUCGAUAAUGUACGACAAGGACAAUGUUUUGUCUCCUCCGAAUAUGUGAAUCCCCUUAAUCUAACAACAAAAGCGAAAAACAAACCCAAUUUGGAGGAUAUUCUUUCGGCACCGGCCUCCUAUAUGAUGAAACCUUUGAAUAAGACACAAUUUGCCCAUCGCACCCAUAUGGAAAAAUCCAGCUAUAGCAGUAGCAAACAAGAAAUCAUCGGCGAAGAUUUUUCUUCUUCAUCCACUACAGCAGGUUUUCUGAAUCGCUUACGCCGCGAUACCUUAACACGCAUCAUAAGGCCGGAACGUUUUAUGGAUAUGCGUGGAGAUCAUAAAAAUAAGAAACGUGACAUUGUAGAAUUGGAUUGUACAAAGGCCACAGCGAGUUGUAUUAAGAUACAAUGUGAUAUUUACAAUAUGCCAGCGAAUACAGAAGCAUAUGUACAUGUUAAGGCACGUUUGUGGAAUUCAACACUGAUGUCGGAACAUGCCAGAGCCGAUGCGGUGAGAAUAAUAUCGACAGCGCAUGUGCAAAUACCACCAGAAUUUAGUGUGGAACAAUUGCAAACAGCCGAACCUUUAACGGUGGAAACUCGUGCAUAUCCUGAAUUGAUAGGUCAACAACGUGAUACAGCCACACCGCUGUGGAUUAUUAUCUUGGCCAUUAUUGGCGGACUACUGCUGCUGGCCUUCUUCACCACUGCCAUGUGGAAGUGUGGCUUCUUCAAGAGACGGAGGCCGGAUCCGACGUUAAGUGGCAAUUUAGAAAAGAUGAAUGAGGAGAAACCCUUCCUAAAUGCGCAGAAAAAUAAUCAUCGCGUUUUCUAACAAGAAGGGACUGUUGGGUGGGAUCUUAUGCAACAGCAACAAAUGCGACAGCCAACGGCUAAGCCACCAAAAGUUUGCUGUGGCGAUAGUGCAACUAAUAGUGAUACUUAUGAUUACUGGCAAGCGUUUCAACAGAACAACAACAACAACAAUAAUAAUAGCAACAACAAUAAUAAUAAUUACAAUAACAACUAUAAUAGUUAUAAUAUGAACAAUGAGGCCUGCGUUAUAGACUGGGGCUCUCUGUAGGGGCCAAACUAGUGAAACAACAUCAAAAAAAAAAAACAAGUAUAAGCGUGCUAAGUUCGGUCGGGCCGAAUCUUAUAUACCCUCCACCAUGGAUCGCAUUUGUCGAUUUCUUUUCCCGGCAU